UGUCAUAACAAAAGUCAAUUUUUGUCGAGCUAUCUUUGAAGUCGAUAUUCAUCAUCUUAUUCUUCGUGAUUUGGAUUUACUACACAUAUUAUAGUUGUCCGUAGCUUAAACAUACUAUAAUGAAAAUUAUUUUCACAUUAUUAGAGUAGAAAAACUAUACUAGAAUAGCAAUGGAAGACGUAUUAGAUGAAGUAGUCUCUUCGGAAGAUUUACAAAAGUUCGAGAAAAUUUUUCAUGAGCAACUGCAUCAAGGCAACGUCACUCAUAAAGCUCAGUUCGAAUACGCUUGGUGCCUGGUACGGAGCAAAUACCCAACCGAUAUUAGGAAGGGCAUUCUUCUACUAAAAGAGCUGUUUAAUUCACAUUCGGAAGGCAAGAGGGAUUAUCUUUUCUACCUUGCUAUAGGCAAUGCUAGGAUAAAGGAGUACAAUAAAGCCCUGCAUUAUGUUAAGGCAUUCCUUGAGAUAGAACCUGCAAACCAGCAGGUCUUAACUUUAGAGCGCCAGAUCAACAAGCGCAUGGAGAAGGAGGGUCUGAUCGGCAUGGCGGUGGCGGGAGGGGCUGUACUCGCGAUCGGGGGGCUCGUCGGGCUCGGUAUCGCGCUAGCCUCCACCAAGAAAUAGCAUUUGGCCUUCCUAAUGAACGCACUAGUCGGCGUUCAUUACCUUCUUACUAAGAAGAAGGACAAAAAGGACUAGCGGUAAUACACACACACUAUUACACCAAAUACGAAUUUUCCACACGUGUACACCUUAUAUUAUAUCAAACUAUGUACAAAAACUAGAGUGAAUAUACUCUACUGAACUAAAAGGCUUUUUUAGACAUGGUUAAUUUUGUUUGUCAUACGGUAGAAACGCGAUUAUUCUAACGUAUUUCCGUAGUAUAUAAUAUUCUAGUAAAUGUCACGGAAGUUGGCGUUGAUCUGUCAAAGUUGUCUGUUUGAAGAUUAGCCCGAUAAUCUUCGGUACAGCCAAUCCGAUUUUGAUGCGACUUUCACUGGCAGGUAGAAAACUAUGCGUGAAGUAAUGUUUAUGAUAUUUUAUACAUUUGAACGAAUUUCUAUGGCACUUUUUCACUUAUGAUAGAGGUGGACUUAUUAAGCAAACAUAAUACAUUACAUUACCUACACAUAGUCAAAAAUAUGUAUAAAAUGUAUAGAAAAAGUUUUGCUCAUAGAAACCAUCUCUAGUUUACAAUAAUCGUCUCCUUUUUUUCGUCAUAUUAACCAACAAUACCGUUUUUCGGAAUCUGGAAUCGAAUAAUCGGGUUUCUACUUCAUUUGAAAAAGUGUACUUUAUUUAUUUUCUAAGAAUAAAACAUAGUAAUAUAAUAUAAUAUUAUGUGAUACAAUAAAUAAUUAAUAUGUAUAAUUUAUUCUUAUAGCUAUAGGCUUCAGUGUAGUUAAGAGCAUGUUAUGAUUACUUAUGCAUAUGUAAUUAAUUCCAUUUAAAUAAAUAUGGUUGGUUUUUUAAAAAUA